AUGAUCGUGGCAGGAUUCGAUUGGCGUACGUUGAACCUUUUGGUGGCGAUCGAACAACAAUCUCCAAAUAUCGCUGAUGGUGUUCAUGUGGACAGGGAAGAGAAGGACGUGGGUGCAGGUGAUCAGGUUUUGACUUCAAGCUCUGCAGUGUUCUGUUGGCGCUUGAUGCCCAAUCACCAAAUAUUGCAGCAGGAGUUCAUGAAAACCGUAGUGAUGAAGAAGUCGGCGCAGGAGAUCAGGGUUUGAUGUUUGGAUAUGCAACAGAUGAAACUGAUGAAUGUAUGCCAUUAACCGUUGUGUUAGCACACAAGUUAAACCAAAAAAUCGCAGAAUUAAGACGAAGUGGUGAAUUAUGGUGGGCAAGACCAGACUCAAAAACACAAGUCACUUGCGAAUAUGUAAUGGAUCAUGGUGCCUGUGUACCUAUAAGAGUUCAUACAGUGGUUGUGUCAUUGCAACAUAGUGAAAAAAUUGGUUUGGAAGAAUUGCGUAAAGCAGUCAUGGAAAAGGUUAUCAAAGAAGUAAUUCCAGCAAGGUAUCUGGAUGACAGAACAAUCUUCCAUGUUAAUCCUUGUGGAUUGUUUAUCAUUGGUGGUCCACAGAGUGAUGCUGGUCUUACUGGUCGCAAAAUUAUAGUUGACACAUACGGUGGCUGGGGAGCUCAUGGUGGUGGUGCAUUUUCUGGUAAAGACUUCACAAAAGUUGAUAGAUCUGCUGCUUAUGCAGCAAGAUGGGUUGCUAAAUCUUUGGUAAAAGCAGGUCUUUGCAGACGAUGCCUUGUACAGGUUUCUUACGCUAUUGGAGUAGCAGAACCUCUCUCAAUUACAGUUUUUGACUAUGGUACUUCUAAAUUAUCUCAAAACGAACUUCUAGAUAUAGUCAAUAAAAAUUUCGACUUACGACCUGGCAAAAUCGUUAAGGAAUUGAAUCUUCGUAACCCCAUUUAUCAACAAACUAGUACUUAUGGACAUUUUGGUCGAGAAGGAUUCACUUGGGAACAACCAAAAACUCUAAUUCUUGAUUGAUGAGAGCGUAGGUUUUAAAUCAGUUUGACGUUUUUUUUUUUUUUUUAAUUGCAAAACGUCUAUCAAGUCGUUCUCAAUAAUCAUAUAUCUCGUAAAUGUGUUUUCCGAGA